AUGGAGCAAGUCAAUGCACUGAUAUUGAGCGAGACUCUUCAAAAGUUCGGAGAUCCCGACUCUCCAAAAGUUCAGAGAUCCCGACUCUCCCAAUAUUUCCAUUAUGAUCUUUGGGAUUGGGUGACCUCCAUCAUGCUACAGUUGGCAAACAGAUCAGUUAAGGUGCCGAGGGGUAUUGUUGAGGAUAUACUGGUCCAGAAGAAUGAAGCCCAGUUGAUUAAAGUCCUAAGAAAGUAUCAAGGCGCAAUUGGCUGGACAAUAGCCGACAUCAAAGGUAUUGAUGCUGCUAUUUGUACCCACAGAAUCCAUCUUGAAGAUGAUGCUAGACCGGUUCAUGAUGCUCAACGUAAGCUCAAUCCUACCUUGAAGGAAGUUGUCAAAGAGGAAGUGCUCAAGCUGCUCGCAGUGGGUAUCACCCCAUCUCAGACAAUAAGUGGGCGGUUUAUUCAAGGGUUCAGUUCUAUUGCAAAAUCUUUGUGUACUUUUUUACAAAAUGAUAUUGAAUUUGUUUGGACUGAUGAGUGCCAAAAAGCUUUUGAUACCCUUAAAGAAUCGCUUACCACUGCCCCCAUUAUGCAACCAUCGCAGUGGGACAUUCCCUUUGAAAUUAUGACUGAUGCAAGUGAUUAUGCGUUGGGUGCUGUUUUGGGGCAACAUGUGGAUAAUAGACCGUUUGUGAUUUAUUAUGCCAGUAGAACCUUGAAUGAUGCCCAGAAAAAUUACACCACUACUGAAAAAGAAUUGCUUGCAUUGGUUUUUGCACAUAAUAAAUUUCGAGCUUACAUUCUUGGUUCCCCUGUUACUAUUCUCACUGACCACUCUACUCUUAAGUAUUUGUUGAUUAAGAAAGAUGCAAAAUCACGCUUGAUUCGCUGGAUUUUACUACUUUAA